AAGCGUUAUAAAAGUCUGUUUUCUGUCAAUCUCACUCUCACUCGUGUUUUCUUCUUCUUCAGAGACUUUGCUGUAUGAGCCGCAACCAUGCCUCGAGACUCGGGCGUCGCGAAUCCGCUCUUCCACCCACUCCUCUUCCUCUACCAGCUGCUGCAAUGGGUCAUUAACACGGCCAUUGCUCCCAAUGCACCCCCUCAAAACACCGAGUUGAAGCGUCCAAAAAUUGCCAUCAUCGGUGCUGGACUGACUGGCGUUUCGGCGGCGGCUCACUGUGUUGGCCAUGGCUUUGACGUGACGAUUUUUGAGGCGGGGCCAAGGGAACGACUCGGUGGAAUUUGGAGUAGGGUUAAUGAAACAUCCGGUCUCCAGAUCCACUCCAUCAUGUACCGCUUCCAUCCCUCUGUCAAAUGGGAGCGCGGCUAUCCCACCCGCAAGGAAAUCGUAGAGCAAAUCGAGCAAGUAUGGAAGCGCUACGGCCUGGACGAAAAGACCAAAUUUGGCGUCAAGGUCAAGGGCCUCAAACAGGACGAGCAGACGCGAUGGAUCAUCAACAAUGACCCGUCUCUUGGUCGGUUUGACGGCUUGAUUGCGGCGAUUGGAACCUGCGGCGAUCCCAAAAUGCCACACAUCCCUGGCAUGGAAAAGUUCAAGGGUGAAAUCUAUCACUCUAGCGAACUUACUGGAAAGGAUGCAAAGGGUAAACAUGUCGCUAUUAUUGGCGGAGGAGCAUCAGCCGUGGAAGCGCUCGAAUUUGCAUUUUCUGCCGGCGCAGCCAAAGUCUCAAUUCUCUCUCGGUCUGAUAAAUGGAUCAUUCCGCGGAACAUGAUUGUAGACACCUUGCUUAGUCUCAACAUCUUUGGCCAAGAAACUUUCCUCUCCUUCAUACCAGAAUUCCUUCUCCGCAAGCUCUUUUACCGAGAUCUCGAGGAUCUGGCGCCAACUCAUGACAAGGGCAUCUUUAUGGGCACGCCAAUGGUCAACUCUGAUGUCAUGGACAAGCUUCGUCAGGGCAAAGCAGAAUGGGUUCGCGGAGACAUUGAAGGAUUCAAGAAGAACGGCGUCAUGGUCAAUCGUCGUUCUCGCGGCGUUCCAAAAGACGGUCCGGGCCACGAGGAGCUCAUCAAGUCAGACAUGGUCGUCAUGGCGACUGGUUUCAAGCGACCUUCACUAGCAAUACUUCCGGAUGAUUGUUUCCAAGAUCCAUAUGGACCACCAAACUGGUAUUUGCAAACUUUCCCUCCAGCACACCCCUCCAUCUCCGCCAUCAACUCUACGUUUGUGGAGGCAAUUGGCACGGUUGGUAACUGGCACAUUGGCAUCUACACUCGCAUCCUUCUCAUGUUUCUGCUUGACCCCUUGACACGGCCGAGUCGAUGGUGGAUGGAGCGCUGGAUCGAUAUGACGCGCACGCUGAAAAAAUUCAGCCCAAUGGGUGCUUUUGACUUCUUCACAUAUCUCGAACUAGUCUGGUGGUUCGUCUUUUGCGUGACAUUUAACCCGUUCCGAUGGAAGUGGGCGCUGUUUGUGUUUUUCGGCAUUGGCAUUGGCAUUCCGAACGCAAUCAUUAAGCAUGAAAAGAAGUUUAUGAAUGGGGAGACUUACAAGAAUAGAGAUGAGGGGACAAGCUUUUAGUGGAAAGAGUUUACAUUUGGGAUAUAUCAUGCGGAAUAGUCUACAAAAAAAGCUUAAGUGAUAAAUAGAGAAAAUAUGUAGAUUCAAACGUCCAUCUACGAUGAAUACAGAUAUUGACAAAAGACAAAAAUUACUGAGUCCAUCACC